GCGCAGAAGCGCCGGCCAACGCAACCUGACUGUUGCCGGUGCGCGCCCUCCGCUGAUUGGUGGUACCGCAGAGAAGUCGCUCUUUGAUUGGGCUGCUGUCAGGUGUCGCUGAGGGCAGGUUCGGCUGCGCGAGCGCAGGGAGGCGGGAAUUGACAUUAGCCUUCCAUGAGGAACCACCUUUGCCAUUUGCUACUGGAGUUAAUGGUGUUUCCUGCUGGCAGACUCAGGGACAUGCCAGCACUAGCGGGAUGAGUGGGUGCUCCGGCGGGGAUGUGGUCAUUGCCGGCCAGUGAGGGCGAGAGUGCCACAGCCCACUUCUUCCUUGGAGCUGGAGAUGAGGGGCUGGGCACCCGUGGCAUAGGCAUGAGGACAGAAGAGAGUGACAGCGAGCUCCUUGAGGACGAAGAGGACGAAGUGCCUCCUGAACCUCAGAUCAUUGUUGGCAUCUGUGCCAUGACCAAGAAAUCCAAGUCCAAGCCAAUGACCCAAAUCCUAGAGCGACUCUGCAGAUUUGACUACCUGACUGUUAUUAUUCUGGGAGAAGAUGUGAUCCUCAACGAACCUGUGGAAAACUGGCCAUCCUGCCACUGCCUCAUUUCUUUCCACUCCAAAGGCUUUCCUCUGGACAAAGCUGUUGCUUACUCCAAGCUUCGAAACCCCUUUCUUAUCAAUGACCUGGCUAUGCAGUAUUACAUCCAGGAUAGGAGGGAGGUGUACCGGAUCCUGCAGGAGGAAGGUAUUGAUCUGCCUCGAUAUGCUGUGCUCAAUCGUGAUCCUGCCCGGCCUGAGGAGUGCAAUCUGAUAGAAGGUGAAGACCAUGUAGAGGUAAACGGCGCUGUCUUUCCCAAGCCCUUUGUGGAGAAGCCAGUGAGUGCAGAGGACCACAAUGUUUACAUCUACUACCCCAGCUCAGCUGGGGGAGGAAGCCAGCGCCUCUUCCGUAAGAUUGGCAGCCGAAGCAGCGUUUACUCUCCUGAGAGCAGCGUCCGAAAGACAGGGUCAUACAUCUAUGAAGAGUUUAUGCCGACAGAUGGCACAGAUGUCAAGGUGUAUACAGUGGGGCCAGAUUAUGCCCAUGCUGAAGCCAGGAAAUCUCCAGCUUUGGAUGGGAAGGUUGAACGAGACAGUGAAGGGAAAGAAAUUCGAUAUCCAGUCAUGCUGACCGCCAUGGAAAAGUUGGUAGCCAGGAAAGUCUGCGUAGCUUUUAAGCAAACAGUUUGUGGUUUUGACCUUCUUCGUGCCAAUGGUCACUCCUUUGUGUGUGAUGUCAAUGGCUUCAGUUUUGUCAAGAAUUCGAUGAAAUACUACGAUGACUGUGCCAAGAUUCUGGGGAACACCAUAAUGCGGGAACUUGCCCCACAGUUUCAGAUCCCAUGGUCCAUCCCCACAGAGGCUGAGGACAUUCCCAUUGUCCCUACCACAUCUGGCACUAUGAUGGAACUGCGCUGUGUCAUUGCAAUUAUCCGUCAUGGGGAUCGUACCCCCAAGCAGAAGAUGAAGAUGGAAGUGACACACCCACGGUUUUUUAGUCUAUUUGAAAAACAUGGUGGCUACAAGACAGGGAAAUUAAAACUAAAGCGGCCCGAGCAGCUACAGGAGGUGCUGGACAUCGCACGGCUGCUAUUGGCUGAACUGGAGAAAGAACCAGGUGGUGAGAUCGAAGAGAAGACUGGGAAACUAGAGCAGCUGAAGUCUGUGCUGGAGAUGUAUGGUCACUUCUCAGGCAUCAACCGGAAGGUGCAGUUGACUUACUACCCUCAUGGAGUAAAAGCUUCUAAUGAGGGGCAAGAUCCACAGCCGGAGGCUCUCGGACCAUCUCUAUUGCUGGUACUGAAGUGGGGUGGAGAACUGACUCCUGCUGGUCGUGUUCAGGCUGAGGAGCUGGGGCGAGCUUUUCGCUGCAUGUACCCUGGAGGACAGGGUGACUAUGCUGGCUUCCCCGGAUGUGGGCUGCUUCGUCUCCAUAGCACUUUCCGCCAUGAUCUCAAGAUCUAUGCCUCUGAUGAGGGCCGCGUCCAGAUGACUGCUGCUGCUUUUGCUAAGGGCCUUCUGGCUCUAGAAGGGGAGCUGACACCCAUUUUGGUACAAAUGGUGAAGAGUGCCAACAUGAACGGGCUCCUGGACAGCGACGGUGAUUCCUUGAGCAGCUGCCAGCACCGGGUCAAAGCUCGACUGCACCACAUUUUGCAGCAGGAUGCGCCCUUUGGCCCUGAGGAUUAUGAGCAGCUGGCUCCCACUGGAAGCACUUCCCUACUCAACUCCAUGGCUGUCAUCCAGAAUCCUGUGAAGGUCUGUGAUCAGGUAUUUGCCCUGAUUGAAAACCUCACUCACCAGAUCCAGGCGAUGCAGGACCCUAAGUAUGUAGACCUGCAACUCUACCACAGUGAGACGCUAGAGCUAAUGCUACAGCGUUGGAGCAAGCUGGAGCGUGACUUUCGGCAGAAGAGUGGGCGCUAUGAUAUCAGUAAGAUCCCUGACAUCUAUGACUGUGUCAAGUAUGAUGUGCAGCACAAUGCAAGUCUGGGACUUCAAGGCACAGCAGAGUUGCUACGUCUCUCUAAGGCACUGGCUGAUGUGGUCAUUCCCCAGGAGUACGGCAUCAGUCGGGAGGAGAAACUGGAGAUUGCCGUGGGCUUCUGUCUUCCACUGUUGCGGAAGAUACUACUUGACCUGCAGAGAACCCACGAGGAUGAGUCUGUCAACAAGCUGCAUCCCCUGUAUUCCCGAGGAGUGCUCUCCCCAGGCCGCCAUGUUCGAACACGUCUCUAUUUCACCAGCGAAAGCCAUGUCCACUCUCUACUCAGUGUCUUCCGUUAUGGGGGACUUCUGGAUGAAACGCAGGAUGCACAGUGGCAGCGAGCUUUGGCCUAUCUUAGUGCCAUCUCAGAGCUCAACUACAUGACCCAGAUUGUCAUCAUGCUUUAUGAGGACAACACACGGGAUCCCUUAUCAGAGGAGCGAUUCCAUGUGGAACUGCACUUCAGCCCUGGAGUGAAAGGUGUUGAGGAAGAAGGCAGUGCCCCAACUGGCUAUGGAUUCCGUCCAGCCUCUUCUGAGAACGAGGAGAUGAAGACAGACCCAAGGCAGCAUGGAGAAUCUGUGCCCAGGAAGGCAUCAGAUGAGCCAGACCCACUACAGACUUCACCCCAGCCCUCUGAGGGCCCUGGCCUCCCAAGGAAAUCACCCCUCAUUCGUAACCGCAAAGCUGGAGUCCUUUUUCCCCAGGUGCUUUCUGAGACUUCAUCCUCUAGGCCUGGUGGCUACCGGCUCUUUUCAUCUUCACGGCCACCGACAGAGAUGAAGCAGAGUGGCCUAGGCUCACAGUGCACAGGGCUGUUCAGCACCACAGUGCUGGGGGGCUCGUCCAGCGCCCCGAAUCUUCAGGACUACGCCCGCAGCCAUGGCAAAAAGCUACCACCUGCCAGUCUGAAGCAUCGAGAUGAGUUCUUGUUUGUCCCGGCCGUAAAACGAUUUUCCGUGUCAUUUGCAAAGCAUCCGACUAACGGAUUUGAAGGGUGCUCCAUGGUGCCUACCAUCUACCCCCUGGAAACACUGCAUAAUGCCCUUUCCCUGCGUCAAGUGAGUGAAUUCUUGAGUAAUGUCUGCCAGCGCCACACUGAUGCUCAAGCACAGGUAUCUGCAGCCCUCUUCGACUCUAUGCACAGCAACCAGGCCUCAGAUAGCCAGUUUUCCCCACCCCGUACUCUUCAUUCACCUACUUCACAACUCCGGCAGCGCUCUGAGAAGCCCCCUUGGUACAGCAGCGGCCCUUCCAGCACUGUGUCCAGUGCUGGUCCUUCCUCCCCUACUGCAGUGGAUGGUAACUGCCAUUUUGGCUUCAGUGAUCAGUCCUCCUUACGGUCACUUGUGAGUGAAGAACGGCAAAGCCUUGGGCUGCUCCAGGAGGCCCCUGGGAAUGGGGCACAAGAGCUCCCCAUAGAAGGGGAACAAGAGUCUUUUGAACCAAACCUGUCCCCACAGGAAGCACCUGUGGAGACCAGCCAGCCAUGCCAGGAGGUUGCUGAGGAGGUCAACCAGACAUGCCAGCAGGUCCCUGACGUUAGCCAGCCGUGCCAGGACAUCCCUGAAGAGGCCAGCCAGCCAUGCCAGGAGGUCCCUGACAGCAGCCAGCCAUGCAAGGAGACCCAUGAUGACCAGACACUCCAGGAGGUCCCUCAGCUGUACCAGAAAGCCAGCCAACUGUGUCAGAAAGUCUCUGAGGAAGCUUGCCAGCUUUACCAGGAGAUCCCUGAGGAGCUCAGCCAGCCAUGCCCGGAGUUCUCUGUGGAGGUUGGCAGGCUGGCCCCAGAGCCUUCUGCAAUCAAUCCGUUGUCUCAGGACAUCCCUGAGGUUGAUACACCAUCGCAAGAGUUCCCUGAGGAGAGUGAUGUGCAGCUCCAGGAGGUCCCUGCGGAGGUUAACCAGCAGUCCUGGGUGGUCCCUGAGGUGACUGACCAGCUGCCCAAAGAGGGUGUUCCCCAAGCCCAGUAUCCAUCUGGUGAUCCAAACCCUCAGAGCCAGUCUCUAGCCCCUGACCAGAACUCACCCCAUCCACCAGCAACAUGUGAUUAAUCCUUUUCUCAUUAGUGGUGUCACACUAUACCAGCCAUUUGAGCUAGCAACUUUUUCUGUUGGCUCACUCACCUGCCAGCGUAAGGCCUUGGAUCUCACCAGGGGUGUCUGAGGAAGCAGUCCUCUUGGCAUGAAGCAUGCCUGUGUCAGAGCUGGGCUUGGUACGGGGCCAAUUUCACACUCAAAGCAGUCAUUGACUCCUCACCAAGCCAUAGACUUGCACAGGAUUUCCUUCAAGGGGUGGGCUGGUCUGUCACUCCCAGCCUCCUGUGAGUAUCCCAGAAAAUCCCAGAUCGUUAAAGGAAAUGCCUCUUAACUGCUGAAGACACCAUCUGGGAACAGCAAGUGCAAAAGGGGACUCCGAGGUCUCCACUUUUCUGAGGGAACGCUCACAACCUCUCUGGGUACCCUUAGACCAUAUGUGCAUUCAGGGGGACUCUGGUCUUCGCUUGCACUCCUCAGGUGGGCCCAGGAUGGCUGUCUGAAAUGUCUGGGGAAAAAAGGAGUCCCCUUCCCAAACAUCCAUCAUGGCCACUAAUCUUUAGACUGGGCUUAUGGGUAUUUCCAUUAUCACUCCCAAGUGCCCCCCUGCCCCAGUCCUGUUCCUUUGGGCAAUAGCUCUGGAAAAAUAGGUAUUAGAUUGCUGUGAACAUUUCAGAGUAUUUACUUAAAAUGCUCUGGGGGUUCUUGGCCAGUCUGUGAAGCUGGGCCUCCUUCUGUUGUGGGGCUUUUUGGUUUAGGAGACGCUGUAGUAGAGAAAAUCAGGUUCUAUUUUAAGCAAUCGGCAAAGAUUGAUAUUGUACAGACAUGUGCGAAGAUUAUACACACACACACACACACGCACGCACGCACGCACGCACAUAUAUUUCUGUAGUGCCAGGGACAGACUGGCCAAAGACCAAACACUCCAGCAUCCCCAAGAGGUUUGUACUUAUAUCAUUGUGUCUUUAGGGCCAGGUGUGAUUAUGAAGCUUUUCCCAAAGAUCUGGGGAUGGGAAUAUGGGGGUGGGUAGGAGAGGUAAUGUGGUCAUUGGAGUGGGGCGGGGGGGGGCCGGAACAUUAUGAGUGCUCAAUAAAUACGAAAUAAUGAGAAUGGUAGUGGUGGUGAUGUCUUUGUAAAUUCAAGAAUGAAUAUGACGAAGUUAGUCACGUCUGUGACUGCAUUAAUCUGAACCAGCCAAAAGCCUUUGUAGGUGAGGAGGAACGGGCUAGGAAAAUCUAGAAGCAUCCCAGGAGGUCCCUACGGUAAUCAGCCCACCACCCUCUCUGCUUUAGUAAGUCGUGUUGCAGGGGAGAGAGGUUAUGUCUCUGUGAAGCACCACGGGGUAUACAAUGUCUUCUCACCAGAUGCCUGGAGUCACCCUGUUAAUUUUUUACUCUGAUGCUUUGGAGUAUCAGGAGGUAUUGACAUAAAGGGGUUACGCUCUUUCAUUACCCCCUUGACACCUACACAUUGGGAGAGCCCAGAACAUUGGGAGGGCUGGCAUAUCCCCCUGCCCAGGUAGUCCCAUUCACAACUUGGCUUCUGACAUACCCAGGACUAUAAAGGGUUUCAUCCACUAAAAUCCUAACUGCACAGGUGAGACGUGUGUACACCCUCAAUAGGCUCUGGAUCUCUUAGGACCCCUCAGUUCCUUACCACUUUGGUGUUACUCUAUCCGAGGUAUCUGCUGCUUAUUUGGUGCUCAGCUCUUGACCCCGUGGUAUGCAGAUCCCCUUCCCAGGAGACCCUCUACUCCAUUUCCCUCGCCCAAACCAAAUGUAUGUUCCCACCCUUGGUCCCUAUUCCCCACACUCAGGCAUUCUCAUCCAUUUUCAGAAAUUAUGCUGGCUCCUCAUCCUUUUUUUCUACCUUCACCCACCCUAUGUUCUCUG